AUGGAGGCCAGCAUGAAAUAUAUUGACGAAGUUUUCAGGGUAGUAAGGCAGAAUGCUACGAACAUCAACGAUGUGCCAACCCUGCAAAAGCUGUUGGAAGCCGUGGGAUCGUUCUACGUUUCACUUUUUGCCCAAGAUGACCAAUCUGAAGGUGAGUACCAACUUCAACUGAUAUGUCUCCAUGCAUGUUGCGCUGUUUGAUUUCGCCAAAACUACAACAGUUUUUUGACAAGAACUGUAGGCAUUUUCAAAUUUAAUUUUUUAUAAAAAAUUAACUCGAAUAAGACUUUAAAACUAAAAUAAACUUAACUUAUUUUUAUCCAUACAUUAAUAAAACGUCAAUCGCUUUCUCUAUUUUGCAGCAAUACUCGAACGGCGCGCCAUGAAAGGAAUGCUUGCGAAAGCACCCAGAAUCAGGCCCGUGCCAAGGCCAAGGCAACAGCCACAUGCCAGCAGCAGCCAGGACGGGGACACCCCAGGCCGUGGAAUGGGCAAAGGAAGGCCUGGUGAGCCACGGAAGGAGGACGAGAGGCAGAAGCGAAAAAGGGCUGAAAAACAAAUCACGCCGGCGCCGAGCAAACAAGUGAGAGAAGCAACUCCAUCGGCUACUCCUCCACUUGCGCAACGCCUGCCAAACCAGUCGCCGCCAAGCGCAGACCGACCAAGGCCACUGGCGCCCGAGCCUCGCAGAGAAUUGCGACUACAGACAAUAACAGCAAGUGGGACGAAGCAUGAAAUGGCGAUCAAGUGUUUGGGCGAAGGGGAGAAAGACCAACUCACAAGGAGCUGUUCCUGUUCUUCCAGGAAAUGA